UCUGUGGGGCCGCUGCUUCCCCGGCGUCCCGGCCUCCGGACAAGAAAGGGGGCGAGCUCGCUCCAGGUCUCCGCGGCUCCCCCGAGGGGACGCGGUCGGCGUUCCUGUAGGUGCCGCUCGAAGAAGCCUGGCAGGGCCCGAGGCCGCCAUGGCGACCCGGCGUCGGGGGCGCGGCUGCUGGGAGCGGAGCCCGCCCGAGCGGAGGCCGCCGGCGGGGCUGCGGGGCCGCCGGGCCGAGGAGGAGGCGGCGUCCCCAGCGGUCCUGUCCCUCAGCCACUUCCGCAGGUCGCCCUUCCUCUGCUUCGGGGACCUGCGCCUGGGCGCCUCGCGGACACUGCCUCUGGUCCUGGACAACCCCAACGAGGAAGCGGCGGCCGUGAGCCUGUCUCGCGUCCCGGCCGCAGAGCUGGGCUUCCGAGUCUCUCCGAGCACCUUUGUGCUGCAGCCUAAAGAAAAAAUUGUUAUUUCUAUUACCUGGACACCUUUGAAAGGAGGCCGAGUAAGAGAGAUUGUGACAUUUCUUGUAAAUGAUAUUCUUAAACACCAAGCUAUAUUACUAGGAAAUGCAGAAGAGCAGAAAAAGAAAAAGAGGAGUCUUUGGGAUACCAUCAGUAAGAAGAAAGUGUCAGCUUCCUCAAGUCGUAACAAGGAGAUUUCAAAUAUUCAAAAUGUUAAUAAAACAUUUAGUGUUUCCCCCAAAGCUGACAGAGUUAGGAGCCCACUACAAGCCUGUGAAAAUCUGGCCAUGAGUGAAAGCUGUUCCCCAAUAGAAAACAAUUCUCUAAUCCUUGAAGGAAAUAAAAUACCUAUAUCACCUAUUAGUCCCGCAUUCAAAGAGUGCCAUGGAGAGACUCGCGUGCCACUCUCUGUGCGUCGGUCUACGACCUACACGUCCCUUCCUGCAGCUGAGAACGGGGGGCUGUUGGAAGUAGCAGGUGCCAACGUUUCCAGAGAUUUUCAUUUUAAUGAGAAAGUCCUAACUGAAACUUCCUUUGACUCCGUAAAUAAUGUCAAUGGCCAAAUUGAAGAGAAUAGUAAACUAAGUCUUACCCCAACUUACUCUUCAACUUUGAACGUUACACAAAGCCAAGGAAAUUUUCUAAGUCCAGAUUCCUUUGUGAAUAAUAGCCAUGCGGCUUAUAAUGAACCAGAAUUAGUGAUCCAUCUUUCACCAGAUACGUUUGUCAGUGGUAAUUCAAGGUCUGUACAUUUGGAAUCAAAAAGUGUACAUGAAAUUUACCAGACAAUUUUAAGUCCAGAUUCUUUCAUAAAGGAUAAUUAUGGACUAAAUCAUGAUGUAGAAUCAGAGACAAUUAAUCCAACUCUAUCCCCAAGUCAAUUUGUAAAAGAUAAUAUGGCCUAUGUGUGUAUAUCUCAGCAAACAUGUAAAUUAUCACCAUUAUUAAAUGUAAAUUCUCAGGCCUCACAGUCUCCUCAAGAUGGGAGAAAAAAUGAAGUUUUACCUGGUAUUCCUGAAUGUCAGGGUUCAAAAUCUCCAAAAGCUAUUUUUGAAGAAUCCAAAGUUUUAGAAAUGAAGUCAGACUGUUACACUUUUAAAAAACAGGAUCAGCCUAAAUUUUCUGUAGUUCAGGUUAUUCCCAGUCACGGCCACAAUAAACCACUUAAGAGACGUCCAAUACUUUCUGCCACUGUUACUAAGAGAAAGCCCACCUCUGCCAGAGAAAACCAAACGGAGACUAAUAAACCAAAGGCAAAAAGGUGUCUCAACAGUGUAGUGGGUGAAUGUAAAAAAGAAAUAGAUGAUCAAAACGAGAAAGAUGAUUUUCAUCCUUAUCUUCCAGCUACAGAUCCAAUGCUAAGUAAACCUAAGAAUUAUAAAAAUGUAGUAACUCCUCCCCCAAAGAUAGCUUCAGUUGCUCGUAAAAGAAAGAGUGAGGGAAACACAGGAGGUGAAAAUGUAAGAGUUACAGUCACAGAAUACACAGAAGUGCAAGAAAUCAAAAGGAUCCACUUUUCUCCUGUGGAGGCUAAAACCUCAGCUGUUAGAAGCACGAGAAGAGUGAUAACGUCCACCUCGCGUCGUGGGCACAACAGGGGGAAGCUGGACCUGAAGAAGAAGACUGAUUCAUUAGGAUACAGAACUCCUAAUUCUAAAACAAUCAGAAGGACAAGACCCAUUGUUCCUGUGGCGCAGUCUAAUUUGACCUUCAUAAAGCCACUAAAAACAGGUAUUCCUAGGCACCCAAUGCCGUUUGCUGCAAAAAACGUGUUUUAUGACGAACGCUGGAAGGAAAAGCAGGAACAGGGCUUUACUUGGUGGCUAAAUUUUAUAUUAACGCCUGAUGACUUCACUGUGAAAACAAGUAUUUCUGAAGUAAAUGCUACCACUCUUCUUCUGGGAGUAGAGAGUCAACAUAAGAUAAGUGUCCCUAGAGCUCCCACCAAAGAUGAAAUGUCGCUUAGAACGUACACUGCUCGGUGCAGGCUGAACAGAUUACGCCGUGCUGCGUGUCGCUUGUUUACGUCUGAGAAAAUGGUUAAAGCUAUGAAAAAGCUUGAAAUUGAAAUUGAAGCUAAGCGGUUAAUUGUUCGAAAAGACAGACACCUCUGGAAAGAUGUGGGAGAACGGCAGAAAGUCCUGAACUGGUUGCUGUCAUAUAAUCCUUUGUGGCUACGAAUCGGCCUAGAGACCAUAUAUGGAGAACUCAUCCCUUUGGAAGACAACAGUGAUGUCACAGGGUUGGCGAUGUUUAUUCUGAAUCGCUUACUUUGGAAUCCUGAUCUUGCAGCGGAGUUUAGGCACCCAACUGUUCCUCAUCUGUACAGAGACGGUCAUGAAGAAGCUCUGUCUAAGUUUACACUGAAAAAGCUGUUGUUGUUGGUUUGUUUCCUUGAUUAUGCGAAAAUCUCCAGACUGAUUGACCAUGACCCUUGUCUCUUCUGUAAAGAUGCUGAAUUCAAGGCUAGUAAAGAAAUCCUUCUGGCUUUUUCACGAGACUUCCUGGGCGGUGAAGGUGACCUUUCCCGUCACCUUAGCUUAUUAGGAUUACCUGUGAACCAUGUUCAGACACCAUUUGAUGAAUUUGAUUUUGCUGUUACAAAUCUUGCUGUCGACUUGCAGUGUGGGGUGCGCCUCGUGCGAAUCAUGGAACUUCUCACACGAAACUGGAAUCUCUCAAAGAAACUCAGGAUUCCUGCAAUAAGUCGUCUUCAAAAAAUGCACAAUGUUGACAUUGUUCUUCAGAUUCUCAAGUCCCAAGGAAUUCAGCUGAAUGAUGAGCAUGGAAAUGCAAUCCUAUCUAAGGAUAUCGUGGACAGGCACAGGGAGAAAACUCUGGCGUUGCUUUGGAAAAUAGCCUUGGCUUUUCAGGUGAAUAUUUCCCUUAAUGUAGAUCAGUUAAAGGAAGAAAUUGACUUUUUAAAGCACACACAGACCAUGAAGAGAGCAGUGUCUGCACCGCCAGGCUGUUCUGAUGGCCGUGUCAAUCAGGAGAAGGACAGAAGGCGCAGCGCUUACCUUGAACAGCACAGUGAAAGCACAAAACUCCUAAUGGACUGGGUGAAUGUUGUCUGCGACUUCUACAAUAAGAAAGUGGAGAACUUUACAGUGUCUUUCUCAGAUGGCCGUGUGUUAUGUUACCUGAUCCACCACUACCAUCCUUGCUACGUGCCUUUUGAUGCUAUAUGUCAGCGUACGACUCAGACCGUGGAGUGUGCGCAGACUGGCUCAGUGGUGCUAAAUUCCUCGUCUGAAUCUGAUGAGAGUUCUCUGGAUUUGUCUCUUCGAGCAUUUGAUCACGAAAAUACUUCAGAACUAUACAAAGAACUCCUUGAAAAUGAAAAGAAAAAUUUUCAGUUGGUCAGGUCCGCAGUCCGAGACCUUGGUGGAAUACCUGCUAUGAUCCAGCAUUCAGACAUGUCGAACACGAUUCCGGACGAAAAGGUGGUUAUUACCUAUUUGUCAUUUCUCUGUGCAAGGCUUUUGGAUCUUCGCAAAGAAACGAGAGCUGCUCGACUAAUACAAACAGCUUGGAGAAAACACAAGCUGAGAGAAGAUCGAAAGCGCCAUCAGGAGAGAGACAAAGCUGCAAGAAUUAUUCAAUCAGCUGUAAUUAAUUUUCUAACUAAACGACGAUUUGAAAAGGAGAUUAAUGCGGCGUUGCUCAUUCAGAAACACUGGCGAGGACUGUUAGCAAAGAGACAAUUGUUAAUGUUAAAAAAGGAAAAACUAGAAAAAGUUCAAAAUAAAUCAGCAUCCGUUAUUCAGAGAUGUUGGAGAAGAUACUCCAGUAGAAAACAGUUUCUGAAAUUGAAACAUUAUUCAGUCAUCCUGCAAUCUAGGAUAAGAAUGAUAAUUGCUGUUGCUUCUUACAAACGAUAUCUUUGGGCCACAGUUACAAUUCAGAGGCACUGGCGUGCUGUUUUAAAGAGAAGGCACGAUCAAGAGAGAUACAAAAUGCUAAAAUCAUCAGCCCUUGUAAUCCAGUCUACGUUCAGAAGAUGGAAGCAACGCAAAAUGCAAUUACAAAUAAAAGCUACAAUAACAUUGCAAAGAGCUUUUAGAGGAUGGCACGUCAGGAAACGCGCCAGAGAGGAACAAUCUGCCGUGGCCAUACAGUCGUGGUAUAGGAUGCACAGAGAAUUACGGAAAUACAUUCACAUUCGAUCUUGUGUUGUCAUCAUUCAGGCAAGAUUUCGGAGCUUUCAAGCCCAAAAGUUAUAUAAAAGGAAAAAGGAGGCUAUCCUGACUCUCCAGAAGCACUGCAGAGCGCACCUGAGGGGCAAGGCGGAGCGCGCCAGCUACCUGCAGAAGCGGGCGGCAGCCCUCCGCCUGCAGGCGGCUCUCCGCGGGAUGCAGGCGCGGCGCCUGCGCAGACAGGUCAGAGCCGCCCGGGUCCUCCAGUCGUACUGGAGAAUGAGGCGCGACAGACUUCAAUUUCUAAACCUGAAGAAAGCUGUCAUCAGAUUGCAGGCACACGUAAGAAAACGUCAACAAUUGCAGAAAUACAGGAGGAUGAAGAAAGCCGCUCUUGUAAUUCAGGCUCAUCUUCGAGCUUAUAUUUCCGCCAAGAAAGCUCUAGUAUCUUACCAGAGGACACGUUCAGCUGUCAUUGUCCUGCAGUCUGCCUAUAGAGGGAUGCUAGCCAGAAAAGAGUUUAUUCACAUCCGCACAUCUAUUAUAAAGAUUCAGUCAUAUUACCGGGCUUAUAUUUCCAGAAAAAAAUUUCUGAGGCUAAAACAUGCUACAGUAAAGUUACAAUCAGUGGUCAAGAUGAAACAAACGCGCAAACAGUAUUUACAUUUAAGAGCAGCUGCGCUAAAGAGAGAAGAAUGCGAGCGGGUGUCCUGCAUCAAACUGCAAGCAUUUGUCAGAGGGUACCUGGUCCGAAAGCAGGUGAGGUUGCAGAGAAAAGCUGCCGUUUCCCUGCAGUCUUAUUUCAGGAUGAGAAACAGGCGGCAGUCCUACCUGGGAAUCCGUAAAGCAGCUGUCGUCAUUCAGACUCACUACCGCGCGUACAAAGCACAGGUCAGUCAGAGGAGGGACUUCCUGCGAGUCAAAAGAGCCGUCACUCGCUUGCAGGCCGCUUACAGAGGUUACAAGGUGCGCCAGCUAGUCAAACAGCAACGGAGAGCUGCCCUCCAAAUUCAGGCUGCUUUCCGGGGCCGCCGUCAAAGGGCGGCAUACCACGCUGUGCUUCGGUCCGCCCUCAAGAUUCAGAGAUGGUACCGGGCGCGCAAGGCUGUUUCUGACACAAGAACAUGCUUUUUAAAGACAAGGGCAGCUGUGAUUUCUCUGCAGUCCGCUUAUCGCGGCUGGAAGGUUCGGGAGCAGAUCAGACGGGAGCAUCAAGCGGCCGCGAAGAUUCAGUCCGCUUUCAGAACGGCCAAGGCCCGCAAGGCGUUCAGGGCGCUCCGAGCGGCCGCUCGCGCGGUCCAGCAGCACCUGAAGGCCCGGGCGGCCGGGCGGAGGCUGCGCACCGAGCUGGCGGGCCUGCGCCGGGCGGCGGUGGUGCUGCAGGCCGCGUGGCGGGGCCGGGCGGCGCGGCGGCGGCUGCAGAAGCAGCAUGACUGUGCCGUGGUCAUACAGGCGCACUACCGCAUGCACGCGCAGCGGCGGGAGUGGAGAGCCGUGAGGAGAGCGGCCUGUGUGAUUCAGGCGCGCUACCGGGCGUACAGGGCCGGAAGGACACAGCGUCACUGGUAUCUGAAAACGCGAGCCGCGGUAGUAAUCUUACAGUCGGCCUACCGGGGUGUGAGAGUGAGGAGGGAAAUGAAGGAGCGCCACAAGGCGGCGGCCACCAUCCAGGCGAGGUACAGAGCUCACCUAACCAAGAAGAAAUAUGCAACCUGCAGAGCGUCAGCUGUUACAAUUCAGAGGUGGUAUCGAGAUACCAAAAUUGCGCACCGUCAGCGUCAGGACUAUCUGAAUCUCAGGAAGGCAGCAGUGACAGUGCAAGCUGUUCACAGAGGUGUUAGAGUGAGAAGGCAGAUUCAGCGUAUGCACGCGGCAGCCACCUUUAUUAAAGCCGUGUUUAAAAUGCAUCAAUCACAGUUGAGAUACCGGGAAAUGAGAACAGCAGCUGUGGUAAUUCAAGUCAGAUACAGAGCGCAUCAUCAAGCUAAAACUCAGCGCGCAGAGUACCUGACAAUUUUGAAAGCCGUUAUUCUAAUUCAGGCCAGUUUUAGAGGAGGCAGAGUUAGGCAGACCCUGAGAAAGAUGCAGACAGCAGCGACGCUCAUCCAGUCCCACUUCAGAAGACACCGACAGCAAACUUACUUUAAUAAGUUAAAGAAGGUGACAAAAACGGUGCAGCAGAAGUACCGGGCAGCGAGGGAAAGGAACGUACAACUUCAAAGAUACAACAGACUGAGACUUGCCGUAAUCUGCAUUCAGGCUGCUUUCAGGGGGAUGAGAGCCAGGAGACACUUAAGAGAGAUGCACUCAGCCGCAGCUCUUAUUCAGAGGAGAUUUAGGACUCUGAUGAUGAGGAGAAGUUUCCUGUCUCUCAGGAAAACUGCCGUGUGGAUUCAGAGAAAAUAUCGUGCAAAUGCUUGUGCAAAGCAUCACCUACAACAAUUCCGACGGCUCCAACAGGCAGCCAUCAAGAUCCAGUCGUCGUACAGAAGGUGGCUGGUGAGGAAAAAGAUACAGGAGGUGCACCGGGCUGCCACCGUCAUCCAGGCAGCUUUCAGGACGCUCAGAACACGUGCCACCUUUCAGACUUGGAAACGCGCCUCCAUUCUAAUUCAGCGACGUUACAGAGCGUACAGAGCUGCAAAACUGCAACGAGAACUUUAUGUCAGACAAAGGCGUUCUGCAGUGGUCCUUCAGGCUGCAUACAGGGGGAUGAGAGCAAGACAGCUCUUAAGGGCAGAACACAGAGCUGCUGUCAUAAUACAAAGCACAUACAGAAUGCACAGGCAGUAUUCUUUCUACCAGAAGCUUCAGUGGGCUACAAAAUUAAUACAAGAAAAAUACAGAGCAAACAAAAAGAAAGCUCUUCAACACAACGCACUCAAAGCAGCAGCCUGUGUGCAAGCGGAUUUUCAGGAUACGAUCGCAGGGAAACAGAUUCAGGAAUGGCAGCUUCAGGCUGCCAUCACUGUUCAGAAGCAUUUUAAAGCCUUUAAAGUUAGGAAGCACUAUCUCCACUUUAGAGCAAAGGUGAUUUUUGUUCAGAGGAGAUACAGGGCGCUAAGUGCGGUGCGCACCCAGGCAGCCGUUUGUAUACAGUCCCAUUACAGAGGUUUUAAGGCACGAGCCGGUAUCCAGCGUAUGCACCUGGCGGCCACACGAAUUCAGUCAUCCUACCGAAUGCACAGGGCCAAAGCUGAUUAUCAAGCAAGGAGAACGGCGAUCGUGGUUAUACAGAAUUAUUACAGGUCAUAUGUCAGAGUGAAAAUGGAAAGGAAAAGGUUUUUAGCCGUUCAGAGAUCUGUUCGAACUCUGCAGGCCGCUUUUAGAGGUAUGAAAGUUAGACAGAAAUUAAAAGACAUGCCCGAGGAAAAGACGGCAGCCCUCACCACCCAGCCCGCGUCCUGCUGUUCUGGACCUGAAACUCGGCGUGAAACCGGUCAGAGCUCAGCACUUGGGAGUCCCAGGCUGCGUGGGGCCCCUCUCACUGGUCCUUUACAGGAGGCAGAGCGUUGUUCUCAAAGAAAGGCUGCAGUUACAAUUCAGAAAGCUUUCCGUAAAAUGGUCACAAGGAAACUGGAAACACAGAAGCGUGCUGCCGUACGAAUUCAGUCCUUCCUUCAGAUGGCGGUGCAGCGGAGAAGGUUUGUGCAGCAGAGGAGGGCUGCUGUCACUCUACAGCAGCGCUUCAGGACCUGGCAAGCCAGGAAGCAGCUUUCACCUUACAGAGAAGCAGCAGUGGUUUUAAAAAGUCACCACAGAGCCUUUUUGUCUGCAGAACAUCAAAGAGAAGUUGAUUCACAAAUAAGGAGCAGUGUCAUCAUUAUUCAAGCUAGAAUGAAAGGAUUUCUACAGAAACGGAAGUUUCAGAAAAUGAAAGAUAGUGCCAUAAAAAUCCAGACUGUGUGGAGGAGACAUAAAGCCAGGAAGUAUUUAUGUAAAGUGAAAGCUGCCUGCAAGAUUCAAGCCUGGUAUCGGUGUCGGAAAGCGCGCACAGAGUACCUGGCCGUUCUGAGCGCCGUCCGGACCGCUCAGGGCUGCGUCCACGCCAGACUGCAGAGAAGACGGUUUUUGAAUAUGAGAGCAUCCACAAUUAUCAUUCAGAGAAAAUGGAGAGCUAUACUUUCUGGAAGAACAGCUCGUGAACAAUUCUUAAUGAUGAAAAGACAUCAGGCUGCUUGUUUGAUCCAAGCAAAUUUUAGAGGGUAUAAAGGAAGGCAGGCCUUUCUCCGGCAGAAGUCUGCUGCUCUGACCAUACAAAGAUACCUACGAGCCAGGAAGGCGGGGAGGUGUGAAAGGAGGAAAUAUGUUGAAUUAAAGAAAUCUGCGCUUGUUCUGCAAGCACUGACUUUAGAAGAGAAAACCAAGACGAGGCUUCUUUGCUUCACAGCAGCUGCCUUUUACCACCUGUCUGCUCUUAGGAUUCAGAGAGCAUAUAAACUUCACGUGGCUCAGAAGAAUGCAAAUAAUAAACAGGUUAACUCAGCCAUCUGUAUUCAGAGGUGGUUUCGAGCAAGACUGCAGCAAAAGAGGUGUCUUCAGAAAUAUCAUAGCAUCAGAAAAAUUCAGCAUGAAUCUCAAAAUUGUAUAAGCCAGCAAAACAGAGCCGCGUCAGUAAUACAGAAAGCAGUACGCCGUUUUCUCCUCCGUAGAAAGCAGGAAAAAUUUAAUGACAGAAUCACUAAAAUUCAGGCAUUGUGGAGAGGGUAUUCCUGGAGGAAGAAAAAUGACUGCACAAAAAUGAAAGCUAUUCGGCAGAGACUUCAGUGUGUUAACAGGGAGAUUCGGGAGGAAAACAAGCUGUACCACAGAACCGCUCUUGCUCUCCAUCACCUCCUGACGUACAAGUACCUCUCUGCUAUUCUCGAGGCGCUGAAGCACCUCGAGGUAGUUACUAGACUGUCUUCACUUUGUUGUGAGAACAUGGCCGAGAGUGGAGCGAUUUCAAAAAUAUUUGUCUUGAUCCGAAGUUGUAAUCGUAGCGUUCCUUGUAUGGAAGUCAUCGGAUAUGCUGUGCAAGUCUUGCUUAAUGUCGCCAAGUAUGAGAAAACGGCUUCGGCAGUCUAUGAGAUGGAAAACUGUAUAGACACACUGUUGGAGCUUCUGCAGAUGUACCAGGAAAAGCCCGGUGACAAAGUUGCAGACAAGAGUAGAAGCAUUUUCACGAAAACUUGCUGUUUGUUAGCUGUUUUAUUGAAGACGACAAAUCGAGCUUCUGAUGUUCGAAGUAGGUCCAAAGUUGUUGACCGUAUUUAUAGUCUCUACAGACUUACAGCUCAUAAGCAUAAAGUGAACACUGAAAGAAUACUUUGUAACCAAAAGAAGAAUUCUUCCAUGAGCAUUCCCUUCAUUCCAGAAACGCCUGUAAGAACCAGAACAGUUUCAAGACUGAAGCCAGACUGGGUUUUGAGAAGAGAUAAGGUGGAAGAAAGCAUGAAUCCUCUAAAAGCUAUUCAGAUGGUGAUGGACACGCUUGGCAUCCCCUGUUAGUGACGCAGACGUUUCAGAGUGGGCAGUGAAAGAAGCUUAAAGCUGGUGACACGCACCUAAAGUGUCUUUUGCUCUCUUUGUACAGCUUUUAAAAUCUGACUUUGUAUUAAACUUAAAAAAGAUACAUAACAAAUAAACUUUAUACCCUUGGUUUCUUUUAUUUAAUAGCUUUACGCAU